AUGGAAACAAACGACCAGAAGGACUUUCAGGGCUCCCAGGAAGGCACUGAGCAUGUUGAAGUCAGCCAAGAGAUCUUCUGGACUGAGGACGAAGAGAAGAAGCUUGUUCGCAAGAUCGACCUGUGUCUGCUACCCAACAUCUGGAUCAUGUACCUGCUCUCCUACAUGGACCGUACCAACAUUGGCAACGCGAAGAUUGCAGGAAUGGCCGAUGAUCUCGAGCUCACCUCCUCCCAGUACAGUAUUGCCCUCGUUGUCUUCUUCGUUGGAUAUGUCGUCUUCGAACCGCCAUCCAACAUGAUACUAGUCCGAACGCGCCCCUCCCUCUACCUCCCUGCUAUAAUGGCCAUAUGGGGUGCCCUGACAUGCGUCAUGGCCGUUGUCAAAACCUACCACCACCUUAUAGUCCUUCGAAUCGUCGUCGGGGUGAUGGAAGCCGGCUUCGCCCCGGGUGUCCUUCUCAUUAUUUCAUCCUGGUACAGACGCAAUGAGCAAUCCAAGCGCUUCGCCGUCUUCAUGUCUGCAGCCAUCCUGUCCGGGGCCUUCGGCAGUCUUAUUGCAGGUGCCAUCACUGGAGGCCUGGAGGGCUCGCACGGUAUUCGUGGUUGGCGCUGGCUGUUUAUCGUCGAGGGUGCAGUUACGACUGGGUGGGCAAUCAUCUCCAAAUUCCUGCUUCUCGACUUCCCAGCUACCUCGAGCCAGCUUAGCGAGCGAGAGAGGGAAAUCGCCGUUGCCCGGUUGCAGGCAGACACCGUUGUUGUCAGGCGUGGCGACGAGAAGAUGGGAACUAUGCAGUCUUUCUUGCUGGCCCUGAAAGACUGGCGGACCUGGGGGUUCAUUAUUGGCUACAUGGUCAUCGUCGGCUCCUCCACCCUGACCUACUUCUACCCAACGCUCGUCGCUGGUCUCGGCUACAGCGACCCUGUUCAAGCGCAAUACAUGACCGUCCCCAUCUACGCCUUUGCCUUCGUCUGUACUGCUAUAACAAGUCUCUUCGCCGAUAAACUCGCCAACAGCCGGGGCGUCAUCAUCGCUUCCUGGCUCGCCUUCUCUCUGGCGACGUCAAUCGCAGUCUGCGCAGUCUACAACUUCGUUGCGCGAUAUGUCCUGCUCGUCCUCAUGGCCGCAGGGCUGUGGGCAUCCAACGCCGUAUCGCUGAGUUUUGCGUCCUCGGCAUUCGGGUCCAUGGAUGCAGAGGUGCGCGCUGUUGCGCUGGCGCUGGUCAACGCACUGGGCAAUCUGGCGCAGAUAUAUGGCGCGUAUUUGUUUCCCGACGACGAUGCACCGAAGUAUCUCAUGGGCUUUGGGGUUAUUUCUGGGAUGUUGGGGGUUGGGGUUUGUGUUUAUGCGGUCAUGCAUGUUCUUUUGGGGCGUUGA